AUGGCGUCCGAAGAUGUUGAAUACAAGUGCUAUGUUCGCAAUUUAGACGUGGACACGGAAGAAGAUGAUCUUGAGAAUGUGUUUUCUCGGUUUGGCGACGUUAUAGGAACUUAUGUCGUUUAUCCAUCUGAGUAUGAUGAAGAUCAUUCAAUGGCAUAUGGAUUUGUUACUUUCAAAGACGAGAAAUCCAUGAGGGAUGCUAUUAACGGAAUGAACGGUACUCAUAAGCUCGCCCCGCCAUACACAACCAUAACUGUGGAACAGGCUUACUCGUCUCGCAAAAGUUGUCGUCGUCACGGUGUUGGUCCAAAGAAGAAGAAGGCAUGA